GCCUUCUUCUUUCCUAAUCUUCAUUUUCCUUAUUCUUACAUUUGCAUAAUAUUAUUUAUCAUAAUCAAUAAAUCAAUUUUUCUCGCAUGCCAUGAUUGGCUUAUCAAACUUUUUUUUUCUUCUUACUUUGUUUUCCUAUCUGAGUGUCUAUUUAUGUCUAUCUGUCUGCCUGUCUUUUUCUAUCCAUUUAUUUAUCCAUCUAUUUAUCUCUCACAUACAUACACUCUCACUUUUUAUUAGUGUCUUAUCUAUUCUUUACAUGGAGUGUCUCUUAUGUGAAACGUGUUGCGUGAAGCGAAUUACUUUCGUGCCAUUACUAGCAGCAAUCUGAGGAGGAUAUUUUAGUCAUACCCAAUUUUCCUGCUCAUACUACGUAUAUUGCUACGCAAAAGUUGAUCUAAAAAAAGAUCGUAAGGAUCACUGAUGUUUUAUGCACGUUUGGAAAUACAAUAUUAAUUACAGAGUGCUUAUGAAUGACAAUAAAGUUCGCCUAAAAGUUCUUAGUUAGUUUUCAAUUCGGAAGUUAUCGGUUAAGUUAAACAGAAAAAAAGAAAGUUAUGAAAAAAAGGGAGGAAGAAUAAAUAGAAAAUGCAACGAGAAUAAUAAAUACGAAUAUCAAGAAAAGAAUGUGACUGGCAAUAGGAAUCGAUGAGUCCAGGUAUUACCCUGUGAUUCACGGUCAGUUUAAAAAUGGAUCACGCGAACCAAGCUAUAACUAACCUUAUGGAAAAUAACGUGUCUCCGAACAGGACUACAAACUCGCAAGUAAUGAGAAAAUGCUCGCGAUGUCAAAAUCAUGGAUUAAUAGUUCCUCAGAAGGGCCAUAAGAGUGUCUGUAUAUACCGCAAUUGUCCUUGCAAACGUUGUAAACUUUUUUCAAAUCGACAGAGCACGAAGUCAAGACGUAAUCGAGUAAGAACUCUCACUCAAGAAAAGGAUUCAACGUCACUCUCAGUAGACAUGUCCUUUCUCGGUUCGGGGCCACAAUCCGUGAAGAAUCUCAAUGGAAAUUACGACAGCAACAGCGGCGACUUGUCGGUCAGCAAUCAUGAAAACAACGAAACUCAAGACGGGAACAAUGAUGUUACUAGAAUUAGUCCCUCAAUGAAUUCAGUAUCUUCAAAUCAGUUGCUUUCAGCGACAAAAUCCUGGCUGCAAUGGCGAAACUGGACGGAUUCUAAUGUAUUUUUGAAUGCAUCUUCGGAUUCGAACACCAGUAGUACCAACUGGCGUACCGUACAGAGGUGCACACUCUGCCGCAAUCACGGUGUUGUCAGUUCUGUUAAGGAUCACAAGAGGUUUUGCUAUUUUAGAACAUGUCAAUGUAAAUCUUGUUAUAAUACCCGUAAAAAACGGAAAGAAUCGGCGAAAAAUACCGCAGAUAAAAGGGCAGCUGCCCAAGACAAAAAAUAUAUGGACAACAUCCGUGAGCUAGUGAAGACGACAAUGCCUCCGCAACAAAUAAAUUAUAUACCACCUGUUUCACAACCACCGUGGAGCGUCGAAGGCAAUUAUGUUGGUGAUGGCAUUAACCAUUUAAUUAGUACUCCGACUCCGAGAAAGGUGCCAGUUGAUCGAAUAAUACCUCCUUUGAUCGAUUCGAUUCAAUCAGAACCUAGCUUCAACGUCGAAAUUAUAUUAGCACGCAGCAUGACUCUUCUGCAACAAUUCCAAAAUCCUUGGGAUAUACUAACAUUAAUAUAUGUUACUGUGAAGUAUGCCGGUGCGAAUGUCUACGAGGCUGUUAAACGUAUCUAUGAAGCAAAAAAGGAAAUAGAAAGCUUGGAAAUCUUUAACAUGGUGAAAAACAUUUGGAACGACAAAAUGUCCUACUUUCCUGAAUACAUACCGAAGACAGAUAUCACUGAUGCACCAACCUACGAAGGUGAGGCACCAUUCAUUGGAGAUCCAACCUCUCAAGCUACUGAACACUUCACGUUAAUACCGGACCUCGAAAACACUCGCAUACCGACAAACAAUAACUCUUCGGAACAUUAUACCAAGUAGUCCUGAUUGAUCGGUGAUUAAAUCGGCAAGGUGAAGCGAUGGGAGACAAAAAGUCAAAUCCAGAGGAUCCUCCAACAUGAUUUCGUUCAAAAGAAUAUGUAUUUCGACUCUGUGAUCUUGAUAAAAGAUAACAGGAGAACAAGAAAAUGAAAAUGUCCAUGCACGCGAUUGCUAUCAUAUUGAAAAGUGAACGAUUUAUGUUCUAUAAAAGAAAAUUUUAUGAAUUUUUUCUUUAAUCGUUGAUUCGCGUGAUUUCUCUUUUUCAUUCCGUUAUAAAAUAAACUGUAACACACGAGAAAUUUAUAUUUGUUACUAAUGUAAAAGAUAUUUUCUUUCUGUUAUCUUUUUCUGAUAAUAAGUGACGUCAACGUCCUUAUUAAUUGAUCUAUUUGUUCUUUUUCUCUCUUUCUCUUUCUAUUUCUCUGAUAUAGUAAGGAAAGUAGCAUUUGUCUGCAAUUUGUCAAAUUAUUCGAUAAGUAUACAUGUAGUAUAUACAUUAAUAGUAUAAGCGUAGUUAUGUCAGACGGAGAGAUGAUUCUCACGGGUCCUCCAAUUUAAAAUCACGGUCUUGAGACUGUUAGUUAUUAAGAACGAAUUAUUUCCUUCGCCGUAUGUUGGGGAACGAAAUUGUCCGAGAAAAUCAUGAAAUAUUAAUUUAAUUUGUUAGUCUCUUACAUGAGCGUUUGCAAGAAGUGAUGUCUGGAAUACACUUAUAAUUGUAAGAGACGAAUGCUAAGAAUGCCUGGGAAUUUCUGAAUUUCAAUAAAAUUUAAAAUAUGGAUUCGAUCUAAAAUGCUAUUAUUUAGCAAGUACUCGAUAUUAUAUAGCUUUUUUUUUUAAUCUUAAAUAAAGUCUACAUAACUGAAAUGUUAAUAGAUUAUAUAAUUAUUUAUCGUUCACAAAAUUGAUGAUUUUUAAAUUUGAAAAAUUUUUAGUAGUCUUUAUUUUGUUAAUAUUCUUUAAAGUUGAUGUUCCUAUACAUAUAUAGAAGCAAAAUUGAAUGAGAAGCGCAAAACUGAGAAAAAUAAAGUCUCGUAAAUCUUGCAUUCGUCUCAUUUUAUAUAUAAUAAACUCAUGUGUACCGUUGCCAUAUACAUUCGUUUUUUAAACAAUUUAAUCCAUAUUAUAAAUUUCACCUUCUUAUUGUCUGAAAGUUCAUAUAUCGAGGAAAAUUCGGUUUUAAGAAAAAAAAAUAAUAUUUAAAAUAAAAAAGCAGAAAAAAAAUAAUUGAGCCUAAAAAUAACGAUUAUUUGUAACGAUUAUAGAGAAUGAAAUAAGAAUUGAAAGAUCGAAAAGAAUGAGAAUUAGAUUUCCAUCUUUCUCUUUUUUCUCUCUCUUUUUUCUGAAAAUUAUUGAUGAAAAUUUUGUGAAGGAAAUAAUGUGUAACAUCAAAAAUAAUAUUUCUUAGUAAUGUUUAGGAUUAACAUUGAAUAAUAAUGGGGAUGAUGUUUUAACGUGAAAAGGAUGAUAGAGACAAAUAUACCUAAUCAUAGAUUACAAUUUGCAACUAGUAUAGGUAACCCUCUUAUAACAUGGUAGAUAGGUUCCUAGAAAAUACCGUGUUGAGUGAAACCGUGUUAUAUGAGAUUUAAAGUUCAUUAUUCCUUCGUGUCAUUAUUUGUAAGGUAAUUUAGUGUUUAAAUAUGUUAAGCAAUAAUUAUGUUAUCCAGUGCUGUACCAAGAUUUUUGCAAUUUUUGUAUUGUGUUAGAGCAAAAUUGUGUUAUAGGAUGCAGCGUUGUAGAAGGGUUACCUGUAUACAUUUCUCCAAGAGAAAAUUUUUCUUUCCGUUUCAAUCUUACAUCAAAAGAUUUCUUCAUACCUGUAUAUAUAAUAUAUUUCCACAGGAUCGUAUUCUUUUAACGCAAGAAUUAGCUCUCUUAAAGAAUAAUACAAAACAUGUAUAAUAUAUAUUCUAUUUCGUUAUCAUUAGAUACGAUUUUUAAUUCUCUGCGUUAAUCAAUAUUGAUCCGAUAACAAAACUUUAAAGAGAAGAUAGAAUAAUGUCACGAGUCAACAUAUAAUUUCUUUUUGUUUUUUUUUAAAUAAAUAUUUCAACAUAUAAAUACAUACACAAACACGCGCGCGAACAGAACAGAACAGAAAUUAAAUAAUAAUAGUUAUUAAAGUAAAAAAGUAAUACAUUGUAUACGAAGAGAUAAUAGAUAUGCACGAGAAUUUGUCGAUAACAUAUAUACUUACACGAAACGGAUUAAUCUAGAUUAAGGAUGAUUUUUGUCUUUAUUUUUUUUACAAUAAUAUUAAUUAAUUGUUACAUUAAUGUGAUUUUAACGUAUCUAUGUCUAACUGAUUAAUUUGAUUAUCAAUUUGAUUAUUAUCGUGAAAAAAUUCGAAUCGAUAGUAGUGUAUAACAGGGUUUUUCAAAUUUGUUCACUGACUAAUUAUUUUUAUUUGAGCGACUCUGAGAUAUAAAUUUUAUAUUAUCUUCUCUUUUAUUAUCAUAAAUUCACAAACAUACUAUGAGCGCAAUAUUGUCAAACUAGUUUUAUAUGAAAUCGUUAUGCAUCCAGAAAUUUGUUAGUUUUGCUCAAAUUUUUAGGAUUCCCAAAUUUAGUGACACGACCUCAUGUAUAGGAUCGCGAUCCAUACUUUGAAAAGCCUUGGCAUGUAAUAAUACAGCUCGGUAAGUUUUUCAUUUCUUCACUGAAACGUGUGUAGUAUAUAUGUAUAAGCGAAGUGUUGCACGGCACGUACAUCGAACAUGAAAGAAAUGCAAAUGAAUGUUGUGCCAGAGAAGGACUUUGUACAUCGUAAAACAACCGUAUCCGUUUUUAUUUUUUAUAGCUUGUAACCAAUUGGAAAAGAAUAUGGUAAUUUCAAUGAAAAGAAGUACGAUCCAUGCACCUCUAAUUAAUACGAUCUUACCUACCUGUAUUCGUACUUACAUUCUUGUUCGUUGUAGUUAUUUAUUCAACAAAUCUUCAGAGAUAGAUCAUCCAUGCCACGUGGUAAAGAGAGUAAUAUGCUAAAGAUGUUGAAAUAGGUAUGUACUUAUGUGACAGAAAAUAAAUAUGGAAAAAAGAAAUAGAAUCACGAGGCAUGUAUUGAUCGUUCUUCAAAGAUUGAUUUUACUUGGAGUAAUUUUAAUUGUUAUACAUAUUAUAUAGCGUAUAAAUAAA